AUGAAGCCAUUAGGCGCAUCGUUACCUUUUGUUCUCCACCUUGCUUCCUUCCUCGCGCUCUUGCUCCACCAGCCUCAUCUGCUUGCAGCGCAGAGGCUCACAACCGGAUCGACACUCAGCCCCCCUGGCUACAUCACCUCCCCGUCAGGGGAAUUUGCCUUCGGCUUCCGGGCCCUCGACUCUGACCCCAGCAAGUUCCUCCUUGCUGUCUGGUUCAACUUCAACUUCACCCAGGCGCCCGACCCUGCACAGGAGAAGGUGGUGUGGUAUGCCAAGAACCUGGGUUCAGGCUCGGCCGUGAUGGCCACGGAGUUGUCCGUGUUCAGCAUCGGUCCACAGCUCUCCCUCACUGACAACACCGGUAGCAUAAUAUGGACAAACCCAGACCCUAGCCUACAAGCCGGCUCAAUUCUCGCGCUGCAAGACUCGGGCAACCUCCAGUUACUCGCUACCGGGGGAAUGCCCAUCACCUGGGAGAGCUUCCAGCACCCAACUGACACACUCCUCCCGGGUCAAUCGCUGGGCUCUGGAAAGGCUCUUCUGUCCAGGCGCUCCGACAUGGUCUUCUUCCCCGGCCGCUACAGCCUGCAGGUGCAAGGCGAUGGUAACAUCGUCUUGUACCUCACGAACCUUGCCACCGGCAACCUGGAUUCGCACAACGCAUAUUGGAGCACUAACACCUACCAGCCGGACAACCAGGCCGGCAACAUGACUAUUUUCUUUGACUCAUCGGGCCAUCUGUACUAUCAGAGCAAUGACAGCACUGUGGUUGACCUGAUACCCCCCCAUCCAAAGUCUAGGUUUGGUUACCACCAGCACGCAUCACUCGAUCCAGAUGGCAUCUUCCGCAUGUACACCCGACCGAAGAACGCCAUGGGAAGGAGAAACUUGUCGUGGGCAGUCACGGGACAGUUCCCAACCGAAGGUUGCAAGAUAAAAACCUCUAUGCAAGGUUUGUGUGGCCCCAACUCAUACUGUGUGUAUGGUCCUAACGACCGCCUCGAUUGUGAGUGCCCAAGCGGCUACUCCUAUGUCGAUUCUCAGCUCAGGUACAUGGGCUGCACACAGGGGUUCAUGUCGCAGAGUUGUGACGGGAAGAACCGCUCCGCCGAGUUUGGGGUUGUCAAGCUCCCGAACACCACUUGGGGAAACUCGCCAUAUGAAGGAUAUUCGCACACCACAGAGGAUCAGUGUGCAGACUCUUGCCUAAAUGACUGCCUCUGCGCCGCUGCUAUGUAUGAUGACAGUUAUUGUGCCAAGAUGGUGUCAUUGGCAGGAUAUGGACGGCAAGGAGGAGACGUCGUCAUGAAGGCAUUGAUAAAGGUACGGACGAGCAGUCCCUUGGAGCUGGCGCCACCGAGGAUAUUGCCUUAUGUAUUACUCGGUUGCUCGGGGUUCGUGUUGCUAUCCGCAAUAAGUAGUCUCAUGUUACAUUGGUACCUUAGGAAGAAGAACGCCAACCAUGACUUUGUGAGGGCUUACACUGCAAAAGAGCUUUACAGAGCCACCAAUGGCUUUUGUAAGUUGCUAGGCAGAGGUGGCUUUGGCGAGGUCUACCAUGGGGUGUUAAAGUCGCUACACUCUCCUGACAUAGCAGUGAAGAAGCUCAUCAGCUCCAAUGGUUACAGCGAGAGGGAGUUCGCGAAUGAGGUACAGUCCAUCGGCCAGAUCCACCACAGGAACCUAGUCCGCAUGGUUGGUUACUGCAAAGAGCAGGAGCAACGGAUGUUGGUGUUCGAGUUCAUGCCAGGUGGUUCCCUUCGGAGCUUCCUUUUCCAGCCUAAGCGACCAAUGUGGAGUUGGCGUGCCGAGGCAGCACUCGGUAUUGCCAAGGGCCUAGAGUACUUACACGAAGGAUGCAAUUAUCCAAUCAUUCAUUGUGACAUCAAGCCUGACAAUAUAUUGUUAGAUGACAAGAAAAAUCCAAAGAUUACUGAUUUUGGGAUUGCAAAGCUUCUUAGUGACCAGCAGAUGCACACCACGGUGACUAACAUCAGGGGCACAAGGGGCUAUAUUGCCCCCGAGUGGUUCCAAAGUGAUAGGCGCAUUGACACCAAGGUUGAUGUUUACAGCUUCGGCGUUGUGCUACUAGAGAUGAUAUGCUGCCGGAAGUGCCAGGAGCCAGUGACUGGGCUGGAUGGUGACGAUUCAGUCACACUGUUUUGGUGGGCUGGUCAGUUGGUCUGUCAUGGCAAGAUUGAGGUUUUGUUGCAUAAUGAAGACGACACCAUUGAGGAUUUGGUCAGAGUGGAGAGGUUCAUGCGUGUUGCACUCAGGUGCAUUGAGCAGAAUCCUUCGCUCCGUCCGACAAUGCACCAGGUGGUGCAGAUGCUGGAGGGCGUGGUUGAGGUCGACACUGUACCUGCUCCUACAAGCUCCGACUGUUCAUCGCCGUUGACCUCUUCGGUCGACGGGAGCACUCUGUUGCCAGGUGGUGCUAAUCUUGAGAUAGAGUGA